AAUUGAUUAUGAUGAUGUCACGUGAUGAAUUCGACGAGAGGCCGCUAUUGUGGAAUAUAGUAGCAAAACGUAAAGUUAAAGUGAAAGAAAAUGACCCUUAGAUACGAAGGAAAAGUUACUAUUGUUACAGGAGGAUCUAUGGGAAUUGGAGAAGGGUGUGUUCGAGUUUUUGUAAAACAUGGUUCUAAAGUUGUAUUUUGUGCGAGAGGAGAUAAUGCAGGUGAGGCACUGGAAAAAGAAUUAAAUGCUAAAGGACCAGGCGAAGCUUAUUACAUAAAGUGUGAUGUAACAAAAGAGGAUGAUAUAAAGAACCUUAUUAAAAAGACUGUUGAAAAAUAUGGUCAGAUAGAUUGUGUUAUAAACAAUGCUGGAACUCAUCCUCCUCACAAGCCAAUUGAUAAUUUUUCUGCUGACGAAUUUCGUGACCUUUUAAAUUUGAACGUGGUGAAUUAUUUCUUGGUGUCUAAAUAUGCUCUUCCUCAUUUACGGAAAACGAAAGGCAGUAUUGUUAAUGUGUCCAGUCUGGUUGGAGUCAUGGGCCAGAGUGGGGCUGUAACCUACUGUGCAACGAAGGGUGCAAUUACAUCUAUGAGUAAAGCUUUAGCCAUAGAUGAGGCUGCACAUGGGGUUAGGGUGAAUACAUUUUCUCCCGGUAAUGUUCUAACUCCUUUAUGGGAAUCAUCUGCCGAAAUGAGUGGUGAUGCAAAAGCUGCUCUACAAUCAGGUGCUGAAGCUCAAUGCUUGGGUCGAUUUGGAACUGUCGAAGAAUCUGGAGAGGCCUGCUUAUAUUUAGCUGCCGAGGGUUCUUUUUGUACUGGUAUCGACAUAAUAAUGUCUGGAGGAGCUGAGCUGGGCUACGCCAAGAAGACUCGUCUAGAAAAUCCUGAUAGAGUUUAUUAA